AUGACCUGUUUGAGCAUAUCAAGGCUUCAUUCCCUGCUUUCAACUUUCAUCCCACGCGUCCUGUCCCCAAAAAGCCCACGUGAGGCUGUUUUAUUUGGAGGACCAGAUCCUAAAAGAAGCUCGACGCUCGUUUCUACCAAUUCAGAUAUUCCUAUGAUGUCGAAAGAAGAGUCUAUCUUGACUGCACCGUCAGGCUCUGGUGUUUCUGCAAAAAGCGCAGUACUACAAAGCUUGCACACCGUGCGUAUUUUGUUUCCUCGCAAUGGAACUACAAUCAUGGAAGAUGUCAAAAGCAAGGGCCUUGAUGAUGUGGUGCUUGAUGCCAUUGUUCUCCAAGAUCUUAGUGCUAGGCACCAAGCCCAGGAUGACCAGGGUAACACAAUAGAUGCAUUUCCGGCCGAUCUUGCGGUUCGCGAGGCUGGUAUCUCACGAGUUUGGGCGAAGUAUGGCAUUCCAAAAUUCAUUCCUCUGAGCAUCGAUGAUCCGAUUGUCUUGAACCAACCGACAAAAGACCUCGAUCAAAAAAAGGCUCUAUGUUACCAGCGCCUACACUCAAGAUAUCUGCACGAGCACGGAAGAAGAAAAAGGCUCGCAGAAGUGUUUGGAUAUGAGAUUUCUGUGGAUUUGGAAAAUUGGUAUAAAGUGUCACUGCAAGACAUUGGCAGCCGCCUAAGAAGUCUCGGGUACUAUUGA